GUCAAAUAAAGUGAGUCAGCGCGCGGGCGUUCAGAAGGAGAGAAGCUGCACUCUGAUUGGAGGAAGUGACCAGGAAGUGAUACAUCAACAAAGGAAGAUGGCUGAAGUGAUAGAGCUCCAAAAACUAAAGCUUGCUGAACUGAGGCAGGAGUGCGAGGCCCGAGGUCUGGACACCAAGGGAAACAAAGGAGAGCUCAUUGCCAGACUGCAGGCAUAUCUGGAGGAGCACGGUGAGACGGCAGACUUCACACGUAGACAUGAGGACGAUGUGGAUGUAGAUGAUGUGCUGGCCGAGGAUACAGAGGAAUUCAUUAAGGUUGAUAGUGCCAACGACUUAAAAAGUGAGAAGGAGUCUACUGAGGAUGAGACAGCUGAAGAUAAGAAGGUGGUGAAAAUCGCUCCUCCGCCAUCUACUGGUGAAAGACUACAGAAGAGAGCUGAACGCUUCAACAUGCCGGCAACAGCUGAAAGCAAAAAGGCCAUCCGUGCAGCAAGGUUUGGUGAAACCACUGAGAAGUCCACUCCAGCUGCCACUCCAGCAGGUGGUGUUGUGGCCCCUAAAGCUCCUGUGAACGUGGAUCAGCUGAAGAAGAGAGCAGAACGCUUUGGCAUGAACGUUUCCUCCGUUUCACAAAAGAUUGAAGAGGAUGAGAAGCUGAAAAAGAGGAAGGAGAGGUUCGGGGUCACAGCAACUUCAACAGGUGCAGUUGCUACAGUCGCCACGUCACCUGAAGUAGAGGCAAAGAAAAUGAAGCGUGCUGAAAGAUUUGGGAUUGUGUGAACAAAGUUUUAGAGCCUGUGUGUUUUUGUAAAGCAUUUUCAUUACUGCACAACCGAGAUCCCAAAAGACGACAAAUGUCUCUGAUAGGAUUCCUGUAAAUCAAAAGUAUAAUUAAAUGCAAAGAUACAUGGACGAGUUGGAUCCUAUAAAACAAAAAAUUAGAUUCAAACCAACUGGAGCAACAUUUAUCAGUCCUGGAUCUCCUUUAAUCUACUUAGUUGACUUUUUCUAUAUCAUUUGAGAUGUGUUUAUAAACGGCAAGGGCGUCAUAGGCUCCUGUGUAACAUCGUUUUCUUCUAUUAACAUCAAUGUUCUUGUUCACUCGUUUUUUCCGCUGCAGCUGUUCUUUAACCAGAAACAGCUCCUGCAGUAUCUUCACAGUAAAAUCCUUCCAGCUGUUUAGAGGAAAUCAUUUGAUCUCUAAGUCUCAGGAAAUAUGUGCCGUUCAAUCUUUAAAUCAUAGUGAUGCAUUAAUCCACCAGAAGGUUGGAGUAACAAAAGAAAUGCAUUUACUUUGAGAAUCUACAGGAAGUGUGAUGAGUCAAAAGGACUUUUGGAUCAUUUUUUGUGAAUUACUUCAAACUGACUCUUGAAAAAGCAUCAUAAAGACAAACACCAGUGAGGCUCUUACUUACUUGAUAGAUAUUAAAAUAGAAACUAAACUCAACCUGUAUCAACUCCUGGAUUAAGCAACGCAGUAUCUUAAAACACUUAUACAUACCAGAAGAAAACACAGAACUAACAUUUUUCUUUUGUCUGUUUUAAGUGAUUUAACUCAGUCAUUUGUAUUUAAUUGUACUUUUGAUUUAUCAGACAGCCUAUUGUUUUUUCUGUGUUUUAUCUUUGGGAUUCCAUUGGUACACUGCUUCAGUUAUCUGUCCAUUUUAUAACAUUUUGUGAUUUAAAAUAAAUUGUUUUCAACUUUUGGA